AUGACAGCAGUAAAGGUUCAUGGUGGUAUUGAUAUAUUAAGACUUCCUGUGAAUCAAGAAGAACAUGUAUUUCCACCGUGGCAUAUCAAAUAUACUCAGUCACAUAUACUUCAUUCUAAGUGUUCCAAAAGUGAAAAUGGUUGUGGCGAUAAGGAUGCUGAUGCCUGUCAAUUUUGCAUUUUCAGCCAUACUUUAGAACUGCCACAUAUGCCAGAUAUGGUAUUUCCAAAUAAUAUACUAACAUUAAAGCAUCAGGAUGGUGCAUUUAUACAAUUCAAUGCUUUAGAUGCUUUGAAAACUGUAUCAAAUGGGAAAAUUAAUGUGCAACUAGCAUGUGCAGAAGCUUGGAAAGAAUCUAGAUCAGAAAGCAGUGAAUACUUAGAAGAAAAAGUAAAACCAUUUGAUUGGACAUUUACAACUACUUAUACAGGCACGAUUUCCAACUUUGAGAUUCAAGAAACUAAUGAACGAAUUGAUGUAGAUAAAUUAAGAAGAAGGGACAAAAUCUUGUUCUAUCAUGACUUAACAUUGUUUGAGGAUGAGCUUCAUGAUAAUGGCAUUGCAGUUUGUUCUGUAAAAAUUCGAGUUAUGCCAAGUAGUUUUUUCAUUUUAUUAAGAUAUUUUUUGAGAAUUGAUGGUGUAAUGCUAAGAAUAAAUGAUACACGGCUUUAUCAUGAAUUUGGUCAAGAAUAUUUAUUGAGAGAAUACACAUCAAGAGAAGCCAAAGUUGAAGAAAUACGUGCUCCACCAUCACUUUUUAUAGAACCAAGUGAAAUAGCACCACAUUUGCCUUUAACUGGAUAUCAAUAUCAUAAACUGAUAAUUAUUUCAAAUAAAACCGAAUUAUAA